GAGAGAGAGAGAGAGAGAGAGAGAGAGUGAGGGUGUGGGGCAGGGGAGUUUCUAGCUAUUGGAAAGAUCCGGGGCAAAGUGAAGUUUAUCUGGGACUGGACUUUCUUGUUUUCGAAGGAACAUUGCCAUUGGGGGCAAAAUACUCGGGGGUAUAGCUGCGAGUGAUCGGACAUAACAUGAUCGGACAUCGGACAUGGUGUGGGGUUUGAGUGGGACCCGGAUUUGCUCGAAGCUGAGGAAGGUGUGCAUGUAUAAUUGCAUGGGACCCCGAUCACGAUCGUAUUUCUAUUUGGGUUCCUGCUGUAUAUAACUUAACGUAGUGGAUGAAACAAUCUACCACCCGAAUGAAUAGGGGCUCAGUGCUCUGCUCCGGACGGGUACACAGUCGUUUAAAAUAGGGGUUCCCAGCCUUUUGAUGGCCGCGGACCGGUUUACGUUGCACGAAAAUUUCACGGACCAGUAAAACGGCCGCGGAGAGGCCGGGAGGUGGAGUACAGGCAGAACAGGAUUUAAUAAGUUGAAAUAUAUUCAUUUUUGAGAUGGGCACAGAACGCAUGAAUGUGAGGGGUCGUAAAAAUGAAAAUAUAUAACUUAUUUUUGGAAAUUAACUAGCUCCACGGGCCAGUGGCAUACUGGCCAUGUACAGGUACCUGUUUGCAGAGCGGGACUUGGGAUAAUACCCGCAUAAUAUAAAGCAGUGUAAUGCAUUUCCCGAACUGUCCGCUGAUGGGCGCUGAUGUCCCGCAGAUGUAGCUAAACUCUCCCACAGAGGACACGGCUUGGGAUACGGGGAGCCCAGUAUGGGAAAAUGUGUUCCCACACCCCUUUUUUUUUAAAUUCUGUAUUUAUUUUAUCCAAUUUAAAUGGAAGCGUUAGCGUUUGUAAGUUCGUUACAAACAAAAAAAGUUACUGUGCACGAUUAACUGGAAAGGGAAUUAUACCUCAUUUCUUCCUUUACUUAUCAAGUGAGCGUUUAAUUUUCUUACUUGACCUUAGAUCAAUACGCAGACUAGCUAAACAAACUUUAUCUCAGAUGUAUGACAUUAAUAGAAUUAUACCCAUAUCUGUUGACUCAUUCAAGACACUGACUAGCUUCGUACAACAUAUGUGUAACAGUGCAACCUGAUUCUUUAUCCUGGAGUGGAUGUAUUUUAGUCAGUUACGUUAGUCAUUUACCUAGCCACAACUCCCUGCCUGACUGAACGUAAAUGAAUGAGAGAAUUAGUUUUUUUUUCUCCUCCAGACCACAGCUCUGCAUACUGGGUUCGAAUGAUUAAAACCAGUAAACCUAACUCCUCUCUCACCGUCCACUCAGCCUGCUCUGGCACAGUAAGCUGGGUUAUUUCAGACGCAAAGCUGAUAUACCAAAUGGUUAUUCAGUUUUAGGAAACAGCCCGACUGGAAACCCUGUGAUUUGUUCAAUCUUUUAUUUCAUUCGAACAUCUUAAAAAUAUUAUUUUGCAUGUCUUACUAUAGGGUUGUUCCCUGCCUCGUGCCCAUUGCUACCGGGAUAGGCUCCGGACCCCCUGCGACCCAAUAGGAUAAGCGGUUUGGAAAAUGGGUGGAAGGAUGGAUGUCUUACUAUAAUCAUCGAAACGCAACGUUAAUGCGUGUAGUCAGAAAAUGGCACUUAUUUUAAGAGACGAUUAUCGGACCAGGAAUUCUAUUUUCUCUUUUCAUUGAACUAUAAUCAAUUAGUGACGAAUAAAGAAUUGGAAAAGUAUUUACAAGGGAACCGAUUACCAUUCAUGAUAUGUCCACUUGUCUCCGGAUACUCUGACAAUCCGGGUAAAAGUCCCUUGAUCUCCGUAGUGCCCUGAAUAGCUGGAGAUGCUCAUUUCCGGAGCAGUCGGUCUGGACGCUGUCAGUCCUCCUUCUUACAUGUAAAGCUAGAAAGAUUGCUUCCGAGCGGCUCCUGCUCAGCUGAACCAAAUGAAACAAAUAUACAUUUUUAUGGAACUUGGAGGGGAUUAGUCGGAAGUAUUUAACAUGCGCGAAUCAGAGAUCAAAGGAUAAGAAAAGAAGACUGCCCCUAAGGAAGAGGGGUGGGAGUCGGAGUGGGAGGGGGGGCGACUACCCCCCCUCCAAAGAGGAAAAUCCCGCUUGACAAACCCUGCUCGCUGAAAUAUGCCUUUGUCCUGGAGGAGCUGGAUCGCGAACGAAGGCAGCAAGCACUUUAUCCUGGUACUAUGGCUGUGUACGAAUACCGCACUGUUUUGGAAAACUUUUGUUUCUUACUGCAGCGGUCCGCAGCAUUAUUAUCUCCACAAGAUGCUUGGGGUGGGCCUGUGCGUGAGCCGUGCCUCAGCUGCUGUUUUGAACCUGAACUGCUGCUUAGUUCUCCUGCCCGUCUGCCGCUCAUUGCUGGCCGGUCUCAGGGGCUUCCAGAAGGUGACGAGUAGGAAGGCCAGGAGGAUCUUGGACAAAAGAAAGACCUUCCAUGUAGCAUGUGGCAUUGCCAUUGGCCUCUUCUCAGUCAUCCAUGUGUCCGCUCAUCUCGCCAACGUGUACAGCUUUUCUGUCUGGUACUCCGAUGAGUUCCCCGCCCUCAACCUGGCACACUACCGGGGAGAGGAUCCAAGGAUCAUCAUGUUCACAACCGUCCCCGGGGCCACCGGCAUCCUCCUGGUUCUCGUGCUCUUCUUGAUGUUCACCGCUUCGUCAUACGGCAUGAGGCUUUCUAACUAUGACAUAUUCUGGUACACGCAUAACCUGUCCAUCGUCUUCUACGUCUUACUGCUCGUCCACGUUAUCGGCGGGGUCCUGAAAUAUCAGACCAACGUGGAGCAUCAUCCCCCAGACUGCUUCAGGCCCAACCGGACUGCCCCCGGGGAGCAGAGCUGGGGGUUCGUAAACUCCAGCCAGAUGGAUGGUUUUGGCAAAGUCUGCAGAGAGGACCCCCAGUUCCAGGCCCACUUCCCCGAGACGUGGCUGUGGGUCUCCGGGCCGCUCUGCUUGUACUGCGCCGAGCGGCUGCACCGCUAUAUGCGUGGCUGCAGGCCCGUGACCGUCGCAUCCGUGGUCAGACACCCCUGCCGCGUGGUGGAGGUGCACAUGCAGAAGAGCGGCUUCAGGGCCCGGCCCGGACAGUACAUUGUCCUAAACUGCCCCCACGUGUCCUCCUUCGAAAGCCACCCCUUCACUCUGACCACGUGUCCAACAGAGAGAAAUGCAACGUUUGGCAUCCACCUGCGCGUGCUGGGAGACUGGACUGAACGCUUCACAGACCUGCUGCUUGCUGAGCCCGAGGUCGGUGCAGAGAUCCUUCCAGUGGCCCACCAGAGGCGGUACCCCCGGGUGUACGUCGACGGACCGUUUGGGAGCCCCUCGGAGGACGUCUUUAACUACGAGGUCAGCGUGUGUGUGGCGGGGGGCAUUGGAGUCACGCCGUUUGCGUCGGUGCUGCAGGCGCUGCUGGACGACUGGCAGCAUCACAAGUUGAGGAGGCUCUACUUCAUCUGGGUCUGCAGGGAGCUGCAGUCCUUCUGCUGGUUUGCAGAGCUGCUCUGUUCCCUCCAUCAAAAGCUUUGGCAGGAGAAUCGCCCAGACUACCUCAACAUCAGACUGUACGUCAGCAAGGAAAGGGGCCUGCAGAGUCUAUCAGAGGGGCGUUACCAAGUACUGAGUGCUAGGCUUCUGAUUGGACGACCCAGAUGGGAACUGCUCUUUGAAGAGAUUGGGAGAGCCAAUAAGCAGAAACGUGUCGGUGUUUUCUGCUCUGGACCCAAAGGACUGUCUAAGACUCUCCACAAAAUAUGCAAUUCCAGUCAUUUUGGAGCCACAUUUGAGUAUAACAAGGAAUCUUUUAGCUGAGAUCCACAGCGCGGGACCUUAAAAGGUGCAAUACAUCUGCAGUGAGGAAAAGCCUGAGACCGUAAGCACUGGAGAAAGGUGACUGUCUGCUGUGAGAAGACUGGAGCUCUGGAAGGGGCCCUCGCUGUGCAGAGCAAACCAGCCUCACACUGGGUGCAUUCAGGGUAAAUGGGAAGCGAUGGGAAAAGCAGAUAUUUGUUUUAAGCCAAAACAAUUAUAAUUAAUAUUAUUAUGAUAAAUAUUAUUAUUAUUAAUUUUACUUUUCAUUUUAGUCACCUUUUUAAAAUUGUAAUCAGAUCUGUGGAGUUCCUAGCCCACAUUGUUAAAAUUCAUUGUUAUUUUUCAGUGUCUGCCUGUCCUGUAAAGAACUCCCAUUAAAAUUGAAUGAUUACAUAAA